AUGGUUCACGAAAAUGCUAUAUCUCUCGAUGAUUUGGACCUUGUUAAGAACUUCAUGUAUCUGUACCACGACAGAAAGAACAAGCCAGAGGCUAUCAGCCCCCUGUUUGUUAAAGGGAACUGUAGCCUAAAGAAUACGGCCUCUCAGUCGUUCUGUCUCCUCAAGACGCUGCCUUUAAUUCUAGGAAGCACUAUCCCUGAAGGAAAUGAGGAUUGGGAAGUAUUCCUUUUGUUUCGAGAAAUCACGGACAUCAUCUUUGCAGAUGACAUUCCUGCACACUGCAUAUGUUACUUAGAAGUGCAGAUACAAAACUUCUUAACUGCCUUUACUCAGAAGUACCCUGCUGUGCCUAUUACUCCCAAACUUCAUUACAUGGUGCACUAUCCCAGACUAAUCCGGGAGUUUGGCCCACUCAGGAGGUUUUGGACCAUGCGGUUUGAAGGAAAAAAACAAUACUUUAAAAGCCUAGCAUCACGAGUCAAGAAUUUUAGAAACAUUUGCAGGACACUUGCACAAAUGCAUCAGUUAUUGCAGUCUUAUAUUUUAGAAGAUAUGACACUUGAAGACGGUCUGUACGUGAAUACUACAAAACUUGUUUCAUGUGAUGACCUGCCACCUUCUAUGCAGCACUUUCAGACACAGUCUGUCUGGCAGGUGUCGCAGGCAUCUAUAGAUAAAUGUAGCUACAGGGUCGGUGAUGUCUUGGUACUGAGAAAAGGUACACCUCCAGUUUUCGGUCUUGUUACAGCAAUGUAUGUAGCCUCAAGCACCCUGUUCAUUGUUUCAGACAAGCAUGAAGUCCUCCACUUUGACAGGCACAAGUUUGCGUACUGCCUUGGUAACACUAGGGAACAGAUAGUUAUUCAUCCAGGGGAAGAAGCUAUUCCCUAUGCUCUUGAUCUCUACCCUAAUGGAUUUGUAGUGCCCAAGUGGGAGAUUUUCUAA